GCUGCUCGCCUCGACGUCCUCCAUCGUCGUCGCAUCGUUAGCCCUCCAUAUCUCUGGGACUACCACAGACUUACAGGAAUCAACGAUGGCUGAUGCUGAAAUGGAUGUCGAUCCGCCAGCGACCUCGACUGGCAAGGCCGUCGACAAAGGCGACGCGAAGAAGCGAUUCGAGGUGAAGAAGUGGAAUGCUGUUUCGUUGUGGGCUUGGGACAUUGUUGUCGACAACUGCGCCAUCUGCAGGAACCACAUCAUGGAUCUCUGCAUCGACUGUCAAGCCAACCAAGUAUCAGCCACUAGUGAGGAAUGCAACGCUGCAUGGGGUAUCUGUAACCACGCAUUCCACUUCCACUGCAUCUCCCGGUGGCUGAAAACGAGGAACGUCUGCCCGUUGGACAACCGAGAGUGGGAGCUGCAGAAGUACGGUCGGUAAAUGCAGACAUAUCCCUGUCUCUAGAUAUUACGCUUUGUAUUUUGUACAUCACUCGCGCACCAGCUGAUCCGGUACCACAAAUGUAUAUCAUGCGCCAUCGCCUUACUCGGUGGGUAUCUCGUCUACUGACCUGUGGUUCCGCAAACGAUCGUAUGCCUACUGUCCGCA